UUUUCAGCCCAGCAGUUGUCGGUAAUGUAACAUUGUGGAUUCCAAGCGCAAUCAAAAACCAACGAAGAAGAAGGAGAAUAAGGAAGUACGGUUUGCUGUUUCACCGGGCAUUUCAACUCAAUACAAACACCGGUGCAGUGGAAAGCCAUGAUGACAAACUCCUCCUUACUCAACUCCGAGCUGGAGUUACAGCAGGAAGAGGAGCUGUACCAACAGCUUCUGUUACAGACAAUGGGAAAAAUGCAGACUGAAAAUCCAGACUCCAAAGUUAUUCGGCCACUCCCUGGCAUAUGUGUGAAGACUCUGUCAGAGUCAGACAAAAAAAAGAUCUUUGUCAACAUCUGUCAGUCACAAUCAGUCCCACAGCCUCCAGAACUGUCCAGAGAGGAGCUUGUUGAGCUGCUUCAAUCAGAAGAUCCCAGUGGCUUCAGAGUUCCCAUGAGCCUCGGCGAGCCACACACAGAAAUAGACAACAACUCUCAGGGUUGCACAGCGUAUGAUGUGGUCAUCAACCAGGAGUUCUUCCAGAAGUGCCAGGAGGAUCCCCUCUUCCAGCAGUUUGUCAUUCUUGUGUCUGUAGAGGGUUUAGAGAACAAAUACAAUCUGGAACUAAGUAGAGACUGGAAGGUGCUGAAGAACAGAAAGUUUUUGGGUUCUGUCAGUGAGCAGAACAUCCGGAUGAAGAGCAGGCCGGUGAUUCAGGAGCUAGAGCCUCAGGACGGCUUCACUCCUACAGCCAGAAGGCCUGAGUUCACUUUGCUCGUGGAGCCCCCUGCUGGUGACCCUGAGUACCUCAUUGCAGAAAUAAAGCUACCUGGGGUGCCAUCUUCUCGCUGUCUGGUUCUGGACGUCGGCGAGGAUCGACUGGUGUUGACGGCUCGACCGUCGCUCUUUCAUCUCGACAUCUUCCAUCCGUUUCUCGUCCACCAGGAGAAGAGUGUGGCACAGUACAACAAAAGCACCCAGAUCCUCACAGUCACCAUGCCUGUGGUGUCUUCAUGAAACUACAGCAGUAAUGUCCAGUUGUUUAAGUGUUGUUCAAACGUGAUGCUUCAUCAAUAAAAUUAUUUUUUGUAUACAUUC